UCGCUACGAUCGAUCAGUACGUCAGUCAGUUGCGCUUCACUUCACUAAACAGUGUGAAAUUUCACUAUUCAAGUCUACAAUGAGUUUGCUCAAAGUUGCCGUUUUCGCCGCCCUAGCCCUGUGCGCUAGCGCUGAGCCUAAACCAGAUCCGGCGUUGUUGGCCGCUCCAUUGGCGGCACCGCUUGCCUACUCGGCACCGCUGGUACAGGCCCCUGUGGUCGCUCGUUCCUUUGCUGCUCCGGUUGCCUACUCGUCGCCAGUUGCUUACACUGCCCCGGUUGUUGCCCGUGCCGCUUAUACCGCGGCUGCUCCCGUUGCAUACAGUGCACCAGUGGUAGCACGUGCUGCUCCAUUCGCUGCUGCUGCAUACACGGCGCCAGUUGUUGCUGCUGCUCCGGCCGUUGUUGCCGCUCGUGCUGCUGCACCGGUUGUGGCCGCGCCGGUUGCUGCCGCACCGGUCGUAGCUGCCCGUGCCGCUCCACUGGUGGCCGCCGCCCCAGUUCAGGCUGAGUUCGCUGAUGCUUACCCACAGUACCAGUACGCUUACAAUGUCCAGGAUGCGCUGACCGGUGACUCCAAGACGCAGGAAGAAACCCGCGACGGUGAUAUCGUAAAGGGAUCAUACUCGCUGAUCGAACCCGACGGUUCGCGCCGCAUCGUCAACUACUAUGCCGACCCGAUCAACGGUUUCAAUGCCGUCGUGCAGAAGGACGUUCCGGUAGCCGUUGCAACGCCCGCCGUUGCCGUCGCUGCUAAAACCGUUGUGGCUCCGGCUAUCGCUGCCAAAGCCGUCGUUGUCUAAGUCGAUCUAGCCAUGCAUUGUUGUGCCGUGUAUAUAGGACCCUGCUCGAGUGUAAAUAGUGCCUACGCCUGCCAAUUUUCCAACAACUCCAACAAACUGUACAACGGGAUAAAAGGAGUCGCCACCAUCCGAGCGCCGCAAAACGACGACGGGUUCUGUGUGCUAACUUUGAAGCAUUCAUCCAUUUGUACAUAAUUUCCACUGUCCUAUCUGUAAAGCAUCUCAACUACACUGACUCUACCUAUCGCACUUUCCCAACACCUUGUAUCCUUGCACUUAUCUCCUUCAAAAACUCCUGUCCAUUCCGUUCCUGAUCCUGAAAAUUGUUGUAAGAUAAUGAAAAGAAAUGCAAGAAAAACUGUUUUUAUAAUGAAUUGAAAA